UUGGCGCUGAAGUCGCAUAUACUGCGAAGCAAAAGUUGAUAAGCAGCCUUAAGAAAAAAUUCAUAAUUUCGAUAUUUCUAUUAUAGAAUUUAAUUAAAUGUGGUCCUUUUAAAUAUUUCGUGGAGAAUAGUAAAAGGCUUUUGAAAUUUAUUAUCAAGUUGUUUUAUAGUAAAAAGUGAACCAAUAAAAAUUUGCUUUUUGUUGCAAAUAUGAAAACUAAACAAAAUGCAAUGGUUUGCUAAAUACAUUUCAUGAUUGGUUAAAUUGGUUGAAACCGGUAUUAUAUUCUAAUCUUAUAAUUAUUGUGGAUUCGAUUAAUGUUAAUAACAAAUUUAUAAAAUAUAUAUUACGCAUAUAUAAUCAAAAUAUAUGUAAUCUUCAUCUAAAAUUAUUAAACGCAUAUUAAUCAAAAACAAUCAUUUGUUAUGUCAACGUCAACAAAUAAUAUGAACGAAUCACAAUUAUCUGAUGAACAUGUAUUUGUUGUUCCAAGUAGAGCUAUUAAAGUUCCAGUUGAUAUGUCUGUUUGGGAAAAAUCAGAAGCAUAUUUUGAAUAUCUAGGAUUUAUAUUAGCAUUAAAUAAAUCUAUAGAAGGAAAAUCUUUAGACUCCAAAUGUGAACAAUCUCCUGCGGUAGAAAAUAUUUUGAAAAUGCUUAAUAAUUUAGAUGAAUGGAUAACGCAAAUACCACCAACUGAACAACCUCAACGAUUUGGAAAUAAAUCAUUUCGAACCUGGCAUGCAAAGUUACAAGAGGAAGGUAUACAAGAAUUACAGCAAGCGUUGCCACAAAAUUUACACAGAGCUAUACCAGAAAUAAUUCAGUAUUUAUAUGAAAGCUUUGGAAAUCCAACACGUAUAGAUUAUGGGACAGGGCAUGAAAUGGCAUUUCUAAUGUUUUUAUGUUGUUUAUUUAAAAUUAGAGCUUUUACAGAAAAUGACAAAGUUGCUGUUGCUAUAAAAGUAUUCAAUAGAUAUUUACAGUUGGUACGUAGACUGCAAAUUACAUAUCGUAUGGAGCCAGCAGGUAGUCAUGGUGUUUGGAGUUUGGAUGAUUAUCAAUUUGUACCUUUCAUAUGGGGAAGUUCUCAAUUGAUUGGCCAUCCACGUAUUGAACCUCGCCACUUUGUAGAUCAAGAUGUUAUUGAAUUGCAUGCAAAACAGUACAUGUUUCUUGGAUGCAUAGAGUUUAUCUCAAAGGUUAAGAUAGGACCAUUCGCGGAACAUUCGAAUCAAUUGUGGAAUGUGAGUGCUGUUAAUUCGUGGGCAAAAGUAAAUAACGGGCUUAUUAAGAUGUAUAAAGUGGAGGUACUAUCAAAGUUUCCUGUAAUUCAACAUGUUUUAUUUGGAUCAUUGUUACCAAUAAAACCAGCUACUACUUGUCCCAAUGUCAGAGGUGCUUGCUUUGAUUCACCGGUACAACCACCAUCGCAAAUACAUUAAUAACAGCUUAAUACAUUUUAUGAAUUAGUACAUUUGUUCUUUCAUUUAUAUAUUAUCUAUAAAAAUAAUAUAAAUUGACCUUGUAUCAUGUGAUGAUAUUUAGGCCUAGAUUUUCCUUAAGAUUCAAGUAUAGCCUGAAAUACUAUUUGGCAAUAAAUUUAAAAAUGAAAGCAA